AUAACAGAAGUGGUGACAUGGAAGGAGGACUUCUGGAAAACUCCAGCCACUUGACCUGCCUUCCAGGUAAUCUCUCAGUGUCUCUAGAAGCUCAAUGUGUCAGACUCCUCCCUCCUCCUUUUGGCUCCUACAACGUGGAGAAAGGCUCAGGCUGUUCCCUAGGGUCUAUUGUGGUUUUCUCAUGUCAAAUGGGAUAUCAACUAAUAGGAAGCAGAACAACCAUUUGCCUCUUGGGGAACAAUGGUACCCAUUGGAGUCAUCCUGAACCCCAAUGUGAGAAAGUUAUCCCCACCCCACCUAAUCAUGGCUACCAAGGGGCACUGAUCAUCUCUCUCAUCAGUGGUGCCAUCAUCCUUGCCAUCUCCAUCUCAUUUGUUAUGUGCUGCCUGCAAGAAAGGGGGCUGAGGAACAGUUCUAUGGCCACUCACACCAUGUAUCAUCAAGGGAGGAUGUCUAACACAGGAAGAAGAGCUGAUCCAACUGACAAGAUGUUACAGAGGCAUGUGGGGGCUGACAGGAAGGACCAGAGACAGAGAGAGAGCUUUGCUACUCAACUAAGCUCCAUUUAUUCUGGCAACCUUACGAUCUAUGACAACUGGGGCUUUCAGAGGAGUCAAGAGGCUCUGCCGUGGGCCACUGUGCAGACUUUGGGUUCUGAAGUCCCACUCUUUACCCCAAUGGUCUUGCAGCAGGGACACCGGUCCCCUCCUCCCACUUACAUAUACCUGCUCCAGGAGCCCAGGGACCUGCCUCUGCUGCUCCCAAUUCCACACUGCCGCACUCACCUUCCCAGAGAACCUCAGCCAGCGGGCUCCCAAGCAAACAGCAGCAGCAGCAGCAUGGGGGACAGAGUUCAGGAUGAACAGACCUAA